UCUGAUAAAAAUACCCAGUCACUUGAAGUUCAAUAUAUAUGUACAUAUAUAAGAUUAUUUGUUAGGCAAUGGAAAUUUGUGGCAUAGUAACCGGUGUUCCUCUAAUUUCAGUAUUCAUAUUCACCGGCAUCCUUAUAAAUCUCAUCCAAGUGGCUUGUUAUCUAACUAUCCGACCGCUGUCGAAAAGUAGAUUCCGAAGGAUUAAUGGAGCAAUUACGGAGUUGUUAUGGCUAGAGGUUGUGUGGAUGAUGGAAUGGUGGUCAGGCUUUGAGGUUAAACUGCAUACGGAUUUCAAAACUCAUCAGUUGAUGGGUAAAGAACAUGCUAUUCUUAUGCCUAAUCAUGUGUCUGAUACUGAUACGAUCCUUACAUGGAUUUUGGCAGAGCGGAUGGGCUGUCUUCGAAGUGCACUCACAAUCGUAAAGAAAUCGGUGCAAUACCUUCCUUUCUUCGGGUGGACAACUUGGUUUUAUGAAUUUAUUUUCGUGGAUAGAAAUUGGGCCAAGGAUGAAAGCAAAUUGAAGUCAAGCUUUGAAGCGCUUAAGGAUUUUCCUUUUCCUUUUUGGAUGACUAUUUUCGUGGAGGGAACGCGUUUGACGCACGAUAAACUCUUAGAAGCUCAAACAUUUGCUUCUUCGAAAGGGUUGCCAAUUCCUAAGAAUGUGCUCAUCCCUAAGACCAAGGGUUUUGUUACAGCAGUACAAAGUUUGCGAUCCUUUGUUCCAGCAAUUUAUGAUGUUACAUUUGCUAUACCAAAAGAUCACCCCUUUCCGACUUUACUUAGAAUUUUCAAGAUGCAACCUUGCAAGAUUAAGGUGCAUAUAAAGCGAUAUUCGACGAAGGAUCUGCCAGAAUCAGAUGAAGGCAUUGCUCAAUGGUGUAGAAAUAGGUUCAUUGCUAAGGAUGCUUUAUUAGAAAAUUUUGCAGCAACAGGCACAUUUGAUGAUGAGGAAAUUACAACUUUUCGUCGCUCAAUAAAGUCAUCGAUAGUUUUCUUCAUUGCCACCUCUUUACUUUCUCUUGGAGCUUGGAUAUCAUGUCAAAAGUUUUCUUUGCUUUCUACUCGGUGGGGAUGUACCAUUUUAGCAACCACAAUAGGAAGCGUGGCAAUCAUAGUACACAUUUUCCUUGAAUUUACAAAGUUACCACCACAAAAGAGCAAAGCUGCUUUAUAG